AUGGGGAGCGGCACGCUCGCCCUGCUGCUGGCCCUGGCCACGGUGAUGGGCGCCAGCCCGGCCGGGAGGCAGUGCGAGCUGAGCGGGCUCUGGAGGAACAACCUGGAGUCGCUGAUGGAGAUCUCGGCGGUGCGGGACGACGGCAGCUUCCAGGGCAAAUACCUCACGCGGGUGAGCCUGGCCGGCGGCUGCGUCCGCGUGUCGCCGCUGACGGGCGCCCAGCAGGACCUCGGCGAGCUGGCCUGGCCCACCUUCGGCUUCACCGUGCGCUGGGAGAGGUUCUCCAACGCCACCGCCGUCUUCGUGGGGCAGUGCUUCGUGGACGCAGGCGGGCAGGAGACGCUGGCCACCACCUGGCUGCUGCGCGAGGCCGUGGGGUCCUGGGAGGACAACUGGAAAGCCACGAGGGUGGGCAGGAACGUCUUCAGGCGCGAUCACGACCAGGAAGGGAAGAGCCUGCAGAGCUGGUCUCCCUCCUGCGAGGAUGGCCCGUGA